AUGGAAGCUCCUACGUUAGUUGUAGUCUUAUCUUCCUUGCUGCUUAUCUUGUCUAGUAAACAAACAAGCUCAGCUCAACUUACUCUCGGUUUCUACAACAAUAUAUGCCCUAAUGUGGAACAAUUGGUUCGCUCUGCUGUGGUGCAGAAGUUCCAAGAGACCUUUGUAACUGCUUCUGGCACUCUACGACUCUUCUUCCAUGAUUGCUUUGUUCGGGGUUGUGAUGGUUCCAUUUUGCUUACAUCUCCAAAUGGUAAGGCAGAGAAAGAUAAUCCUAUUAACCUUUCACUAGCUGGGGAUGGCUUUGACACAGUGAUUAAAGCCAAAGCAGCAGUUGAUAGUGAUCCUCAGUGCACAAACAAAGUCUCUUGUGCUGAUAUACUUGCUCUUGCUACUAGAGAUGUUAUAAAUUUGACUGGGGGACCAUUUUAUCAAGUUGAAUUGGGAAGGCGUGACGGGAGAAUAUCUACUAUUGCAAGUGUUGACCACCGUCUUCCUCGACCUUUCUUCAAUUUGGAUCAACUCAAUUCCAUGUUUAGCUUCAAUGGUCUCUCCCAGACAGAUAUGAUUGCCUUAUCAGGUGCACAUACAAUUGGAUUCUCUCAUUGCACUGUCUUCUCUAAGCGAAUCUACAACUUCAGCCCCAGACAGAGAAUUGACCCAACACUAAAUUUACAAUAUGCCUUGCAGCUUAGACAAGAGUGCCCUCUAAGAGUUGAUCCUAGAAUCGCCAUAAACAUGGACCCUGUCACACCUCAAAAGUUUGACAAUCAGUACUACAAGAAUCUGCAGCAAGGAAUGGGUCUAUUCACUUCUGAUGAAGUGCUGGAUAUAGAUGAAAGGUCAAAGGCUACAGUCAACUUAUUUGCAUCCAAUGAACAAGCUUUUGAGAGUGCUUUUGUUGCUGCUAUUACUAAGAUGGGAAGGAUAAAUGUUAAAACUGGAAAUCAAGGUGAAAUAAGGAUUGAUUGCAGCAAGGUGAACUAG